AGCUAGUAUGCCAUCUUCAUCCUUUCAUCCCAGCAGUUAUCAGUUAUGGCAUGAGGCAGAGCCCUCUGGAAAAAAACAGCAUGUGCUUGUUGAAUCCAAAGUGCAUCUGUAGGAGGUAGAAAUCAAAGCUGUCCUGGUAGCCAUCCUUCAGUCCUUUCUGGGCACUCAGGAACAGACAGGCAAACCCUCCCGUCUUUUACCAGUGUGCUGAGCCAUCCCUAAAAAACAUUUGGCUCUGAGUUCUUGAAGCCUGGAUGUGCUGGAUGGGUGUGGGGGAGUCUGAUGUGAACACGGAGCAGAAACCUGAACAGAAAGGGGAGGAGGUAACAGCAGUGGAAGUGAAAAUAUUUCAAGCUUGAAACAAUGCCAAGGAUGAAAACUGAUUGCAGGAAACAUUUCUGCCCUGGUGCGGUGUAUGAUUUUUCUACUCUGGUUAAAUACCUUGAGCUGAAUGUGUGCAGGUGGCAGAGCUGGGGUCCCCAUUGCUCUACUGUCCCAGUGUUGGUGGCAAGGCGUGUGAAGCCAGCUGCACUAACCAGAGGGCUGCUGAGGGCUCUUUCAGCCGGAGGAAGCAACGUGGUGCCAGCCUGGGCUGGUUUCUGUGAUUACGUUCUAGCGGGUGUGUCAGUUAAAACCCUGCACGGGAGCAGCACUGCUCAGGCAAAUGUGAACAGAGCCAAGCUGGAGCAGACGAGGUGACAGCUGAGAAGAGAUGGCCUCAGUGGGUCCUCCUCCAGCCUCCACGCAGCCUGACUUACCCUCUGGAAUCGCUGUCUUCAUAAAGAUCCCCUACGCCUUCAUCCUACCAGAGAUAGUCUGCGGGACCUGGGUGUGGAUCCUUGUCGCUGCUACUGCCGUCUCCUUCCCACUGCUGCAGGGAUGGGUGAUGUAUGUGUCCCUCACCUCUUGCCUCAUCUCCCUGCUGCUCCUCUUAGGGUACCUCCUCGGCUUCCACAAAAACAGCGAAAACUGGAAAGUGCUGGACAGUUUAUACCACGGUGCCACAGCCAUUCUCUACAUGAGUGCUGCUGUCUUGCAAGCCAAUGCAACCAUCCGCUCUGAGUUGGGCCCCAACUCACCCCUCUACUACCAGCUUAACUGUGCUGCAACGGUGAGUUGGUCCAGAAAAUCCCAAAGAACCCACAGUUCCCUUUGGGGAGAUGCAAGAGCAAAUAUAAAAACCACAGCAGAGCGAUCCUAAGCCCAGCUGUCACACUGGUCAGAGCUUCAGCUUCUUGCCUCUGUUGCAUUGUGCAGCCAGUCUGCACUUCUCUGGGUCUGGCAGCUCAGG